AUGAAGGUGUUUCACGAUUUUAUCUUUGACUACAACAGUUUUAUUGUUAACACUGCCUUUGCUGGAAUGCCCGUUGCCAGUGGCUGUGUGUGUGUGUGUGUGUCAGAGCUGGACCUGGACGCCCUGGAGCGCGGGUGGCGCGUGCGCGCGCGCCCGCCGCCGGCCGCGCUGCCGUCGCCCAGCCCCGACUCCAUGGAGCUCGUCAAGCUGGUGCUGCUGGGCGCGCCGGGCGUCGGCAAGACGUCGCUCGUGCAGCAGUUCGUGUGGAACGACUUCCUCGACGCAUACGUGCCCACGGAGCGCAAGCCACCACACAGCUACCCGUCGGUGAUCAUCAAAACGAAGCGCCUGUACGAGCCUAAGAGCUCCGACAUCCCCCGUCAGUCCACGUACUUAUCCCGCUACAACUCACUUCUACGAAGUGGACGCGGACAUACGCAUGCUUCUACGGGCUGCCGCUCCGCCACGGCUACGUGCUGGGGUUCUUCGACCUGGCCAACGACCGACUCCUUCCAGUACAUCCGCGCGCUGUCGCGAGCGGAUCUUCCGAGAAGAGGACAUGCGCAAGGUGCCGCUGCUCGUCGUGGGCAACAAGCUAGUGUAGAUUGA